AUGGGUGUUCCCACAGCUUCCAAAGAUGCUCCUCAGAUGAGCCCACUGAGUCUGUACUCGCGAUUUGCCUUUGCAGGUGCAGUCUGUUGUGCCGUCACUCACGGCGCGGCUACUCCUCUUGAUGUUGUCAAGACCCGCAUACAGCUGGAUCCCGUUACUUACAACCGAGGUAUGCUGGGAGGCUUCCGCCAAGUCAUCCAGAAUGAGGGUGCCGGCGCUCUUCUCACAGGAUUCGGUCCUACGGCUGCCGGAUAUUUCCUCCAGGGCGCGUUCAAGUUCGGAGGCUAUGAAUUCUUCAAGCAGAAGUCCAUCAACGCUCUAGGCUAUGAAACGGCCAAAAAUAAUCGUACCGCUGUCUACCUUGCCUCCGCUGGUGCUGCCGAGUUCUUCGCGGAUAUCGCUCUCUGCCCGCUGGAGGCCACCCGUAUCCGCCUGGUUUCACAGCCCACUUUUGCGAGUGGUCUGCUCCCUGCGAUGGGUCGAAUUUUGAAAGAGGAGGGCAUUGGCGCAUUCUACUCUGGAUUCGGGCCUAUUCUGUUCAAGCAGGUCCCAUACACCAUGGCCAAGUUCGUGGUCUUCGAGAAGGUCUCUGAAGCCGUUCUCGCCAGAGUCAACAAGGACACACUCUCCGAUGGUGCCAAGACCGGUAUCAAUCUUGGCUCGGGUCUUGUAGCUGGUCUCGCCGCUGCUGUCAUCUCCCAACCCGCCGAUACCAUGCUUUCCAAAAUCAACAAGACACAGGGUGCUCCAGGUGAAGGUACUGUCAGCCGUUUGAUGAAGAUCGCAAAAGAGCUUGGUAUCCGUGGCUCGUACGGUGGUAUUGGUGCUCGUCUGUUCAUGGUCGGGUCCAUUACCGCUGGCCAGUUUGCCAUCUACGGCGAUAUUAAACGUAUCCUUGGUGCAACUGGUGGUGUUGAGAUUUCCAAGUAG